AUGACAUCGGCGCUCACGCUAACAGAAUCGGAGCUUCAAGAGAUCUACGCCUUUGCGCUCCAUCUCAGUCGGCGAUCUGGCCAGAUCUUGCUAGAGAGUGUCGAGAAGAGAUGCGGUGCUGAGAGUGGGAGGGUGAAUGGGAAGGUGGAGGAGAAGAUGAAUGCCGUGGAUAUUGUUACGCAGACCGAUUUAGGGCUAGAUGUCGAGGCUUUUGUGAAGGAUGAGAUAAUGGGGAAGUAUCCGGAUCACAAAUUCAUCGGCGAAGAAACCUACUCCUCUGGCUCAUCCAAAGACUUCCUCGUCACUUCUGACCCAACAUGGAUUGUCGAUCCCCUUGAUGGUACAGUAAACUACACGCAUCUCUUCCCCAUGUUCUGCGUCUCUAUCGCGUUCUGCAUCAACGGGAUUCCCGCUGUUGGCGUUAUCUAUCAGCCUAUGCUCGAUACUACGUACUCGGCACUUGUGGGCCAUGGAGCGUGGCAGGACGAUGCGUGUGAGGGGAAGAAGAGGAGAGCGUUGCCACGAGAUAUCGAGGGCGGUAACAUGCGGCGAAAAAUCGGCAGCUUUAUGAAUAUGGCUGCUGAGAUUGGCGGACGAGGUGGAAAAGGAGGAAUGGUGCAUGGAGUUAGGAGCUUGGGGAGUGCAGCUUUAGAUCUAGCAUACGUAGCCUCUGGCGCAUUUGACAUCUGGUGGGAAGGCGGAUGCUGGGAAUGGGACGUUGCAGCCGGAAUCUGCAUCCUCCGCGAAGCAGGGGGCCUCAUCACAACCGCCAAUCCACCACCAAAUCCCGAAACGGACCCUAUUGAAGAGGUACGACUAGGCAGUCGGCUAUAUUUAGCAGUUCGGCCGGCGGGUGAUGGGGAGGGAGAGACGGGGAGGCAAGCUCAGGAGAGGGUCGUAAGGGAAGUGUGGAAGAGAGUCGAUGUGCUGGAUUACUCGAGGCCAGGAGCGUAG